GUCACUUUUCAGCUGUCGCUGAAGCGAAGGCUUCUUUCGGCCAGUUUGCAACGGGGGGGGGGGCAUUUUCGACCCUCCGGGGAAGGGCUCGUUCUUUUCUUUUCCGUCCAUUUCGGAGUCUCCGGCAGGGGUGGAGUCUGGGGGAAUGUGGCUUUUGCGGAGCGGUCGUGGCUGUGCACGGUGUUGGGAACCUUUCCACAGACUGGCCUCCUACUUGAAAGUUUCACAAAAGGAGGAUGUAUGGAUGUGAGAUAGUGCCUUCCAGCUCAAAGGUCUCUCUUAGAAGUUUAAGCGCUGACUUAAAUUAACUGAGGCUGCUUUUUCUGUUUGGAUGGCUCUGGCAAGCUGAGCUGUUUCCUGGCUCCUGAGCAUGGAUCCGACCUUGCUGCUACCGGUUGCUGUUACUCUUGAUCCCCGGGGCUUUAAUCAAGGGGCAGCAGAGCCCACUGAGCCCGUCUUGGACCCUUGCAGUCUCCUCUCAGAAAGGCACUAUGAAGUGGUGCCCUGCGUGGUUUGUGCUCUCUGCUGCAUCUUUGGAGUGGCUUACUGCUGUUUUGGGUAUCGGUGUUUCAAGGCCAUCAUGUUUCUCUCCGGCCUCCUCUUCGGCUCCGCUGUGAUCUUUCUGCUUUGCUAUAAGGAGCGUAUCUUGGACACCCAGCUCAGCUUGGAGGUCAGCGCUGGCAUUGCCCUGGGCAUCGGAGUCUUGUGCGGCUUGGUUACUAUGCUGGUGCACUCCGUAGGGUUGUUCCUGACAGGGCUUCUGCUUGGCUUGCUAGUGGCCACCGCUGGGCUGGUAGCCACCGAGCCUUUCUACAAACUGCCCAACGGGUGGGUCCCUGCCGGGGCCCUGCUGGGUUUGUCCCUCUUAGGUGCCGUCUUGGCACUGCGCUGGCAGAAGGUCCUCACGGUGAUCUCCACAGCCGUGUUUGGGGCUGCUGUUCUGACUCUCUGCUUGGACUAUGCGGUGGAGAACCUGGCUUUGGGCCACCAUGUCUACGACCGCCUGCGUCUGGCCCCUUCCUCCCUGCUCUGCUGGUGCGGCUGGGCAGUGCUGGCUACGUGGCCUGCCCUCGCCUUGAUGGGCGUCCUGCUGCAGUGGAAAGUAACUGCUGAAGGCUUCUCCCACACAGACGUGGUCCUGAAUCGGCGCCAGAAGCAAUUGCAACUCUUACGGAUUCGACAGCGGGAAGCCAAAAAGAGGCAGUGCCAAGCUCCACAGGAAGGCUCCUACCGGCACAAGACCAGUGCCAUCAAACGCUGUGCCGGAGACGUCCUCGCACCAAGUUACAUCCAGAGCCUGCGGGACCGUCAGCACUUGGGAACCGGCACCUCCUUGAGCAACCUCAGCCCAAGCGCUCAUACCACGGUGGAUCUGGAUUAUGACUCGGGCUCUACCGUCCCCCUCACCACGCCACAAGGUUGCCUCUGAGGAAUGUGUGGGUAUGUGUGUGUUCGUCAUGUUACUGCGUUGUCUCCCCCGCCCCCCUUCUGCUUUUAGCAGAACCAGAGCACAAGCCGGCCAGGGUUCUUUAAUAUGUUCUCUUCUGUCUGCAAACAUCUUUGAAUAGCCCGUUAUAUUUAAGAUUGCUUUUCAAGUGUUCAAACCAGAUGGGUCUGUCUCCUUUCCUCUCUUUGGGAAGGUCCACGGGUGACUUAAAGGAGGAGCAGAGAAAGGAUUUAAGGAACACACAUUAAUGUAUUUCCACUUUAUCAAUGAAGGCAGUUUUUUUAGAAGAUCUUGACAGCCACCUCCAAAUUUUGCCGGAAUAAAUGGACUGGUGUCUAGGACGUCUGUCACCAUCUUUGAAGCUGAUUUUGUCUCUGUCUGAAUGCUAAGCCAUACCUGGAUCCUUCUCCGGAUUGAGAAGGCAAUUUGCUCUACUUUGCAGCAAAUCUGAAGCAAGCCUCUUUUGGCCUCGAUAAACUGCCCUUUGUAGAAACUUAACUCAGGGGUAAAAUACAACCACAUGGUAGCUUACGACGGUUUGUUGCAAUAUAAACGCAUGGCAUAUGUGUUCUGAUUUGCGGUGCUUCUCCUUCAAGGUGUUGCCAUUUUUUGUACAUAUGC